AUUCGUUGAAUCCUGAAAUUUUUUUUUUCUUUUUUCGGUCCGAUUUUCACAAACUCGGUAUAGCCGGCGUGUGCAGCCCUAGCAGAAUAAAUCUCCAUCUCCCGCUCCUCCAGAGAAGCAGUGCUCUCAUGGCCGAGGCUUACGGCGCUGCCGAAAAGGUGACAACUGAGAUGGCAGCGGCAUCCCUUGCCGAUCCGGCGUUGGAGCAAUCCCAUGGACGCGUCUUCAUCAAAACCAUAUUAAACGGUGCCGAAGAGUUCGUCGGCCGUCGGGUUGUCGUCGGUGGCUGGGUGAAGACGGGGCGGGAGCAGGGGAAGGGUGCUUUUGCAUUUCUGGAACUCAAUGAUGGUUCGUGCCUUGCGAAUCUUCAAGUUAUAGUGGACGCGGGUGUCUGUUCUCUCGCACAGCUCACGCCAACCGGGACCAGCGUGCUGAUGGAGGGCGAGUUAAAGAAGCCUCCUGAGGGAGUUAAGCAGAGCGUGGAGCUUAGGGUUGAGAAGGUCCUUGAGGUUGGGCUUGUAGAUUCAGCCAAGUAUCCACUUCCAAAAACCAGGCUUACCCUGGAGUUCCUGCGUGACUUCGUUCACUUCCGUGCUCGAACAAAUACGAUAUCAGCUGUUGCAAGAAUCAGGAAUGAGCUGGCUUAUGCAACCCACACCUACUUUAGAGAAAAUGGAUUUCGCUAUGUGCACACUCCAAUAAUAACUACUAGUGAUUGUGAGGGUGCAGGCGAAAUGUUUCAAGUGACAACUCUUUUUAGCGAGGCUGAAAAAAUAGAGAAAGAACUGAACCAAAAUCCUCCACCACAAGAAUCUGAUAUUGAGGCUGCCAAACUUAUUGUGAAAGAGAAAGGAGAGUCAGUUUCCCACUUAAAAUCACUUAAAGCAAGCAAGGAGAAGAUUGUAGGUGCUGUAUCUGAAUUGACAAAGGCAAAGGAAAGUUUGGCUAAAUUGGAGGAGCGGUUCAACAUGAAAGGUGGAAUCCCUCAUAAGGAGGGAAAGAUAGACUUUGCUCAUGAUUUUUUUGGACGUCAAGCUUUUCUUACUGUCUCUGGGCAACUCCAGGUUGAAACUUAUGCAUGCGCAUUGGGUAAUGUUUACACAUUUGGCCCAACUUUUAGAGCCGAACAUUCUCAUACUUCAAGGCAUUUGGCAGAAUUUUGGAUGGUUGAACCAGAGAUAGCUUUUGCAAAUCUGGAGGAUGAUAUGAACUAUGCUGAAAGUUAUGUUAAGUUUCUAUGCAAAUGGUUACUUGACCACUGUCUUGAAGACAUGGAGUUCAUGGUUAAGAAUGUUGAUAAGACAGCAAUAGAACGCCUAAAGCAUGUCUCACUGAUGCCAUUUGAACGAAUUUCUUAUACAAAAGCUGUACAGCUAUUGGAAAAUGUUACAGACAAGGAAUUUGAGAACAAGGUUGAAUGGGGUGUUGACUUGGCAUCUGAACAUGAAAGGUACUUGACAGAGGUAAUAUUCAAAAAGCCUGUCAUUGUUUAUAAUUAUCCCAAAGGCAUUAAGGCAUUUUACAUGAGGCAGAAUGAUGAUGGCAAGACUGUGGCAGCUAUGGAUGUUCUUGUACCUAAAGUUGGUGAGUUGAUUGGGGGGAGUCAAAGGGAGGAACGGUUGGAUGUGCUUAAACAGAGAAUUUUGGAGAUGGGCCUGCCACUUGAGCCAUAUGACUGGUACCUUGAUCUUCGCCGCUUCGGCACCGUCAAACACUGUGGAUUUGGAUUAGGGUUUGAAAGAAUGGUACUUUUCGCCACCGGCCUCGAUAACAUUAGAGAUGUCAUGCCUUUUCCUCGCUAUCCUGGGAGGGCUGAUCUCUGAAUGUUGCUUGCUUCUCUAUUCCUUUACAGGCCUGUAUCCCUCUCUGCUUAUUGAGCUUUAGUCUGGCCAUUUACAUGUAUAAUUUAAUAACAUUUAUUGGAGUAUAAAAUCCAAGUCCAUAGGCAAAACUUAGCUUCUUGGAUAAAUUAUCAUUUCCCAUAGUUGAUCGCUCAUUAUUGUGCUCUGUUUCAUCUGUUGUAUUAAGCUUGUCUGCAAAUAUUUAUUUCAGCUUUAUUGUAGUUGAGAUCAAAGUUUAUUUUGAAUUAUGCUUGUUUGUUCC